UCCGCUCCUUCUCCCGCUCUCCCUCCUCCUCCCCUCCGCCUGGGAAAGUGGGUUAGGAAGGGAGCCGAGGCUUCAGAGCCCGCUCAGCCCGAGCAGGAGCAGGAGCAAGAGCAGCCGCGCAAGCGGGAGACAGAGACAGAGAGAGGGAGAAAGAGAGAGCGAGAGAGCGAGAGAGGAGGCGGGCAAAGUCCUUCGCCGCCUUUUGAGGGAGACUGGCUUGCUGCCUCUGAGCUCUUUCGGACUUCUGGGCUUCUUGGCUGCCCGCCUCCUCCUCCUCCUCCUCCUCCUUCCCUUUUCCAUCCCUUCCUCUCCCUUCUCUUUUUUCCUCCUCUUCUUCUCUCUCUUCGUGGUUUUGUGAGCUCAGUCCGGAUUGCUAGCAGCGAGAGGAGCAGGGGGUCUCUCUUCCGAACGACCACAACAAGAACAGCAAGGGCAACAACGCGAAAGGGAACAGACUUUGAGAGAGAGAGAGAGAGAGAGAGAGAGAGAGAGAGCGAUUGAGAGGGAGGACGAGACCCGGGAGCUGGGGAGCGCGGCGGAGGGAAAGCGCCCACCCCAGCCUCCUCCUCCUCCUCUUUCUCCUCCGUCCGGCUCCAUCGCUGGCCAGCCAUGGUGGGAAGGGCUCAGCCCGAGCGGAGGCCGUUCCCGUGGGUCCUACUGAGAUUGCUCUGCCUUCUCCCAACAGGGCUGCCGGUCCGCAGCGUGGAUUAUAACCGAGGCACCGACAACAUCACCGUGAGGCAGGGAGACACGGCCAUCCUCAGGUGUUUUAUAGAAGACAAAAGCUCCAAGGUGGCCUGGUUAAAUCGUUCUGGCAUCAUUUUUGCUGGUCAGGACAAAUGGUCCCUGGACCCUCGAGUAGAGCUCCAACAACUUUCUCUUCUGGAAUACAGCCUUCGGAUCCAGAAAGUGGAUGUCUAUGACGAAGGAUCAUACACAUGUUCAGUGCAGACACUGCAUCAUCCCAAGACUUCCCAGGUUUAUUUGAUCGUUCAAGUUCCACCAAAGAUCUCCAACAUCUCUUCAGAUGUCACUGUGAAUGAAGGCAGCAAUGUGACCUUGGUGUGUAUGGCAAAUGGGCGCCCUGAACCUGUGAUCACUUGGCGACACCUCACCCCUACAGGCAGGGAAUUUGAAGGUGAGGAAGAAUUCCUGGAGAUCCUGGGGAUAACGCGAGAGCAGUCAGGCAAAUAUGAGUGCAAAGCUGCAAAUGAAGUUUCCACGGCAGAUGUCAAGCAAGUCCGAGUCACUGUGAACUACCCCCCAACUAUUACGGAAUACAAGAGCAAUGAAUCUGCUACAGGACGGCCAGUUUCACUGAAAUGUGCAGCCUCUGCGGUUCCUACGCCUGAUUUUGAGUGGUACAGAGAUGAUACUAGGAUAAAUAAUGCCAAUGGCCUGGAGAUCAGGAGCACAGGGAGCCAAUCCUUCCUGACAGUGGCCAAUGUCACUGAAGAACAUUAUGGCAACUAUACCUGUGUGGCCACCAACAAACUGGGAAUCACAAAUGCUAGCCUAUUUCUUUACAAGAAAAUAUUACCCACACUCCCCAAUCCUUUUCCAGGACCUGGUACAGGGAUAGCAGGCAAAGGAUCAAUGUGUCUGGCCGUUCCACUGUGGCUGUUGGCAGCAUCCCUGCUCUGCCUACUCAGCAAAUGUUAAUAACAUCCUAAUUUUAAAACAAGGGGAAAAAAUUAAAAACCCAGCAACAACAACAAGAACAACACACAAAGCAAAACAAACAAAAAUGUCAUACAGGAGACAGAGCAAGAGAAAGAGGGGGAGGGAAAAGACAGCUUCUUUCACAACUUUUGUGUGUACCGCAACGGAGGGGGAAUUUUUCAAUGAAGAAGAAUCAGCAACAUUUAUUAUAACUAACAGUCAAGUCACUGACCAUCCAGGAGUAUGAGAGAUGGGACGGAUCACUCUGUUGAGGCUGGAUCCUGCCAAGGAUGCUGAGAUGCUGGGGAAAAAAGAAAUAUCAAUAGUGAAAUUGAUGUUUAAUCUCUCCGAUCCCUCAUAUCAUUUUCUCCCUUUCUUCCUCCAGCCUCCCUCCCUCCUACCUUCCCUCCCUCAUGGAAAGAGAUGGCCUUUGUUUUGGAAUUGAUAGCCACAACCUCUCAAUUGGCUUGUUCAUUUCUUAAACUGAUACUUAGCUUUUCUUCAAAUAUCUGGCAAACAAUGAUGCAGAUUUCUCUAGCAUACUGGUGUCCCAUUAGGAUAUUCCAUGCAGCCCCCACCUUGCUGCCUAUCCUCUUAGGCUGCCCCCUAUAUUCCUGUGCACUCUUAGCCCAUGAUGCUUUGAUUAUGCUAAAACAUACCAGUUUUACUCACCUAUCCUCUUGUUCUUGCCAGCCUAGCUCACCUCUCUCCCUUUCUCUCUCUCAAUCUCUCUCUCUUUUACAUGUGUGUCAGUGUGUGUGCACAUGUGUGUAUGUCUGUGUGACUCUCUCCUUCUCUCUCGCUCUCUCUUUCUUUCAAAAGCAUGCAAAGGGAACUGUCCCUGUGUACAUAAGCUCAUCAAACCUGUAGAUAAUAACUUGCAUUGUACAUGAGGUUGAACGUUGGCUUGGAUGUGAAUUCAGGGUGAUAGAGAAAUGAACAAUGCAUUUCCCUUAGCCUUUUCUUGCCUCCCAUCACUAGGUUAGCUCAUUUGGGUAGUGUUCAAAUGAAGUAUAUAUGUGUUGACUCAAAUACUCUUCAGUUUGUCCUCAUCCACGCUGGAGUAUCUGUAGCCAGGGUAACAAAUUGUUGAACCUCAAGGAGGCUGCUAAAUUAUAGGAAACUCUGUAAGCAUAGGGAUCUGGAAUGAGUGUGAUUUAAACAGAUUAGAAUAAUUGUACCUUAAGUCUUAAAAAAAUGCUUGGUAAAUAUAUUGUAGCAGAAGAGCUCACUGUACUACUGUUGAUUUGCGAAAUUUGCAGGAGUGAUUUAGCCAAGGUGAAGCAGUUAUAUGUAAGGAAUAAUUAUUGCCCCAGAAUUAAAGUGAGGAACAUAAAUAUUAAAUAAAAUCAGUGAAAGAUCCAGAAGAUUAGGGAGUAACCUGAAUGUUUCUGAACAAGGAGAAGAUAGAAAAUGUUAGCAGGGAAUAUGGCCAUGUAAAGUAAAUAGUUCCUGAAGGUUGUAGAGUGUAGAAUAGUUGUGCCAGUAUUACACAACACUGGUCUUCAAUGUACAGAAAUCUGUUGCGGCUCUAUUUCUUAAUAUUGGUCAUGAUAAUGAAACUAUUUAGUAAUGUUUUACCUGCAUUUGCAUAUUUUCAAAUCCUCCCAGUUUGGCAGGGACAGUCCUGAUUAAUCACCUUCAUUUCACUGUUUCAUCUGCUCCACUUUCUAUUUCAUGCCACCUUCCCUCCUCAUCCUGACUUACUUCAGUUGUUGCCCCCUGAGUUAAAUAUGCAAUAGUAGUUUGCACUCAGUUGGCUCAGUUGUGGAGAGGAGAGGCAAACACUUACCCUUCCCUGUAAGCUCAUGUAAAGGCAAACUACUGCAGUCUACCUUGUGUGUUCUUUCUCACUAAUAACCUUUGACAUCUUGAUUACACUCCGAUGUUGCUUGGCUAUGUAUAUCCUGGAUUCAUCUGUUAAAUGCAUAGGUGUGUGGUUUGUGAUAUUCGGAGGGUAUGCAGUUGUGGCCAUCUUUUCUAUGUCUGAACUCAAAUGGGAAGGGCUGAAGCAUCACUGACAGUUUCACAGGCCCAUAAAUUUUGUUUAGAAGAAUGUCCAUUGCAGAAAGCAUGAUAGCACCAAAAGGAUGCACUAAGAUGUGCUCUUGUGCAAAGAGAAUGUGAUGGGGAUUUCUCCAUUAUUUUUUAAAAUACUGAAGUUACUCUAAUGCUACUGAUUCUGUGACUAGAGACCCUUCUGUUUCCUCAACCUAACCAAUUUUCCAGAAAGAAGUAAUUCCACUACUGAGGAAAAGGUGAAAAUCCCUCCAAAAUCACAAGAUGGCAGACUAUACUAAUCAAUUGGUAAUUCAUGGACUUCUUAUGAAAAUAAGGCAAAUUUUCUCAUGGCUAUAGUAAAAUCAGAUUUUGAGAAAUUUACAUUUUAAGGUGAUAUCCUACACAUUCUCCAGCCAGCAAUGCCAGAGAUAGAUAAAAACUACAGAUCCAAAUGUAAUUUCCCCAACUUCUGACUAAAACACAAUUCUUCCAAGAUAAUAACAAAAUUCUUCUAAGACAUUGCUUCAGUUUUAUACCCUUUAAAUCACUCAGUUUUCUAGUUUGAAACUUAACCAUCUCUGAAAGGCUGAGCAGAGGACCAUUUGCAAAAGAAAGAAAGAAAGAAAGAAAGAAAGAAAAUUUCCAGUUAUAUUAUGAGUCUGCAUUUUAAUGACUUUCCUUCUGGCUCAUGGCAUUCUUCUCACGUAAGCAAUCCAAGUGCCAGAGAUUGAUUGGACACCUACAGAUGGAGAAUGGGUUAAGAUUCCACAUUUCAAGCCAAGUCACUAAGAGGGGUCUAUCCACCUAUGUGACCUAAACCUUGAUGUUUUGGUAACUCUGGGGUCCCCCCUCUUCACGAUGGACUCACAUUGACAUGUUAAACCAGGGGUCCUCAAACUAAGGCCCAGGGGCCGGAUGCGGCCCUCCAAGGUCAUUUACCCGGCCCUCGCUCAGGGGCAACCUAAGUCUGAAACGACUUGAAAGUAUGUAACAACAACAACAAUCCUAUCUCAUCAGCCAAAAGCAGGCCCACAUUUCCCAUUGAAAUACUAAUAAGUUUAUAUUUGUUAACAUUGUUCCUCAUUUUAAUUAUUGUAUUGUUUUAAAGUGUUUUUUACACUACAAAUAAGAUAUGUGCAGUGUGCAUAGGAAUUCAUGUGUUGUUUUUUUUCAAAUUAUAAUCCGGCCCUCCAACAGUUUGAGGGACUGUGACCUGGCCCUCUGUUUAAAAAGUUUGUGGACCCCUGUGUUAAACUAUAAACAAAUGUAUUUGAUUCCCACUUGCUCUGUUGGGCAUCCCAAACAGGGACAAGCUGAAUUAAUUAGCUUUAUAAAAAUGUGCCCUGGCUAUAUUUAUAAAAAAUGUGCCCUGGCUAUAUUUUUUAGAAAUUGCAUGCAGUCUUGUUUUAAUGUUGGUGUGAGAAAAGAAAACUUUUUUUUCAAAUACAUUCUCAUCUCAUGUCACUGUCAAAGUUUCCUUUACUUUCAGUUUCUCAAACUCCUACCCAUCAAUGCCAGAUACACAAGAGCAAUCCAGUUGCAUACCUACCUAGCCAUGAAUUGCAUAGGUUCUAAAAACAAGACCUAGAUUGUUGGGAUUGCUAGUUUUCUUUUAGAGGAACUGUUGGUUCCUUAUCCUUAUGAUGAAGAGAAAGGGGUUCAGAAAGAGCGAAAGAGAAAUUGCUUGAAAAUUCAUCAGUGACUUUUAUCCCACUGAAAAAAUCUCUCCACCCCAAAGCCUUGUAAUUCCUAUUAAAUGUGGCAACUGGCUGGUGUUAAUCUAUAAUGUAAUUCUGCAUUUUAGGAAAAAGGCCUGGAAGUACAAAUGCAUUUGGGUGUGUGAGUGUCUGGGUGUAUGUUUAUGUGCAUCAGAGCCUUCCUUUUGGUCUAAUGAUUCCCAACCCCUUACAAAUGGCUCCCUGUGGCUCUGUGCCAGCCCAGCAAGACAGCUCUCACCUUGAUCAAGUGCCCGGUUGCAUCUCUCCCUGCUGCUUUAGCGAUUUAUUGUUGCUGAGGUCUGCAAUUUGGGGCAGACUCUGGCAGUCAAUUAAGCAGGCAGCCAGGGUUCUCAAUACCAUCCUUCCAAGGCUGACAAGUUACUCCUGGACAGAUCAUAACCAUAAAGGCAGGAAGUGGAACAGAGAAACGAAGGGAGAUGUGUGUGUGUGUGUGUGUGUGUGUGAGAGAGAGAGAGAGAGAGAACGAGAACAAGAACAGUCAGGAGAGGAAAUAAUAUUCAUCUCAAAUUUACAAUAUAUUCUCCCACCAUCACUACCACAUUCAAACAUGUGCAUGUAGGCACUUUGAAAGAACAGAAACUGCUGCUCAAAAUAUAAAGAGCCUGCAUCAAAGGUGUUGGGAAGUUACAGUAUUUGUUGCGCUACUUCUGGAGUUGUUGGGUUGGAAAAAAUCCAACAGAUAUUCUAUGGUCCCAGCACCAGCUGCAUUAUUUUAUUCCCACUAUCAAGUGGGUUAUUUUUAUAUUGAAAGACACUUUGGAACAAUAUGUCUCCUUCCCGUUAAAAAAAUUGUUUAGUUAUCCAUCUAUGCUGCCACAGUAAUGCAUUCUAAUUCUAUAAUUCUAAAUUUAAAAAUUCAAAGAGGAGAAAACAAAAAGACCACAUCAGCAAAUAUGCCCCACUUAAAAAAUAAAAAUAAAAACAACACUUGAAGGACAUGUUUCAGAAAUCACUCUCAACAGCCCUGCCUUUGACAAAGAAUAGAACAAGUAGAAUUAGAAGUGGCAAAAAUUGGCAAAACCCAAAGAGCUCUAUCAGAAGAACUCACACUUUAGAGCAAUCUGGAAGAGCCUACUACAGACUCUUAGUUCAACAACUUAGUAAUUAUCUGAAACAGUAAGAACACAACCCGGUGGCCUUGAUAGAGCAUUCUUUAUCAUGGAACAGCACCAGAUAUUAAGGAACAUUUUCAGUUUCUGUAAAAUGUCCAGCCAUUCAGGGAGACCACUGCUGAUGUGGCCAAAAUGGGAAAUCACAGAGAAUACUUUAUUACGCAGGAAGCAAACAAUGUGAAACAGGAUUGGUAGGAUUUGACAGACAAAGAGCUUUGGUUGCUGUGAGUUUUCCAGGCUGUAUGGCCAUGUUCCAGAAGGAUUCUCUCCUGAUGUUUCACCCACAUCUAUGGCAGUCAUCCUCAGAGGUUGUGAGGACUGUUGGAAACUAGGCAAGCGAGGUUUAUAUAUCUGUGGAAUGUCCAGGGUAGGAGAAGAACUCUUGUCUAUUUGAGGCAAGUGUGAAUGUUACAAUUGGCAACUUUGAUUAGCAUUGCCUGGCCUUGCAGCUUCAAAGACUGACUGCUUUCUGCCUCAGGGAAUCCUUUGUUGGGAAGUGUUAGUUGGUCCUGAUUGUUUCAUGUCUGGAAUUCCCCAGUUGCUUGAGUGUUGCUCUUUAUCUACCAUCUUGAUUUUAGAGUUUUUUUAAUACUGGUAACCUGGCUUAAAUUGUAAAUUCUCCAGAUUUGUUCACUGGUCAUGACUUCUGAUAGAAUGCUAUUAUAUUGAAACAUAAAAUCCAAACAUUUAGUAUACAGCAGCAAGUGACAGGUGUUGGGGUUUUCUUUGCUUUGCUUACCAAUUUGUAUUUAACUUAAUGGGUGAAAUGGUAUCCUCCCAUACAUAUGGAUGUUCAUGCAGGGAGACACAGAUAUGGAACCCUACAGAAGGAAAUGCAAUUGUGAUUAAGAUUUUUCAAAGAAAAAGCAGUGAGGGAAUGUUGAGCAGUCCUGAAAUGCUCCCUCUUUACAUCCCCAUCAAAUACAAUUAAUGCCUUACAAUACAAUUAUAUUAUAGUUCCUUCAGUGUUGACAAUAGCAAUGGAUUUGAAUUGGGGAAAUGUUAAAUCAGACAGUCAGUGAGAGUUCUAUAAGGGUGUGUGUGUGUGUGUGUGUGUGUGUGUGUGUACGCAUGCGUUUACCAUUGAGGCUUGGCCCCUAAUCAGUGGUUGCAACUUCUGUUUUCACAUUCCUUGGACAUAAUUCAAAAUAUCACUGGUUCUCCCCCCCUCCCCCCACCCCUUUUCCUAGCAAAAUGGAUUUCUAAAGAAAGUUUUAGUUUUGCUAUUAGCAUGUUUUCAAUUGCUCUUUCACGUAGACAUUAUGGCCAUCUAAAACUGAAGGGAAAAUUCACCUCCUGGCAAUUUUCCCAAACCAAAUUGGUUUGUGCAAAUAACAUCACCAAUUUUUCCUCAGGUUUAUGGCUCUGACCCUAUACUCAUUGAGGAGAGCAAGCCCACCUGAGGCCAAUGGAAUUUACUACUGGUAAAUGUAUAGCAGUGGAUUGUAAAUACACAUAACUGGUAUUUAUUUUUUGAAAAAUGUUAGCCUUGGGAUCAACCUUAGGACAGAUAAAUUGACUCGAGCCUCCAUCAAGCUCCCAAAUCUUCCUUGGGGUAUAUUCAACAAUCCCAUUCAAAUGUGAAGUAGAGGGUGCUGGGAAAUAAGUUUCUCAAAUGAACAUUCCCUCUGCAAUAAUAUUAAGGAACAUAUUGGAAUAUCUGGAAGUGAUUGAGAGGAAAACAGUAAUGAAUAGAAGUUUCUUCUAUGAAAAAAACAAAAAAGAGGUUAGGAACUGAGAAGAAUGUGUUGCGGUGAAUCUAGUAUUUCAAUUUCUGGCUAGACAAUGAGUACACUACAAAAGCAACUACAUCCAUAUAUGUUAGAUAUCAUCUGGAAGUAGCCAUCGAAUGUGGAAAUUACUUGAUGUGGUGAAUGAAAACCAAGGCCGAGCAAACUGCUAUCUAGAAGUGGCUUGAGUCCCACAGGCCAUAUACUGGCUUCCAGAAUGGAGCCAAGCUUUACUUUGGUAAUGCUUCUGAGUGUUGAUAUCCUCUAUUCCUUAACUAGGACUUUUAGGAUGUGGCCACACAAUCCAAUAGCUCUUCUGAUACUUUGGGAACCAAGCUAAAUUCUAUUCCCCUCCCCUGCAUAUUAUAUUUCCCAUCACUAACACUGCUCCUUGUCCAUGUCAUAUCUGCUCUUUACUUUGUUGUGGUAGGGUCAUUCACAAAUGUUGGCUGAAUGCACUGCUUUGUUAUUGUAGGGUUGCUGAAAAACACUGUGCUAAUGGCAACAAUUUUUUUUAGAAAAAAAUGACUAAAAUCUUAUGUUUUUUAAAGUAUACUUGUAAAAUAACAAAAAAAUAAAAAUAAAAAACCAACAGGGUUUUCCUUAGACAGGAUGAGAUGGGCUGAACGAGGAAACAGGACAAAAUGUCAUGGUUGGAGCAGAUGAGUGUGAACCAAAGUUCCCUUGAUACUCUGCCACUGACUCUUUAUGGGACCUUGAUCAAUACCUUUAUCUAUUUGAUGCCCAAGCUUCUCCUCUAUAUCAUGGGGAGGUAUACUUAGGCACUUUAAAGAAAAAAAUGCAUGCGAGUCACAAUUUUGUAAAGUUUUUGCAAUCUCUAUUUAAUAAGAGACUUGUGGGUGGCAUUUGGUUUGAAGGAAUAAUAAUUCUUUAAUUUGCUGUCAGCAUCCAGAGAGUCAGAUGUUGUCUUUGUGCUUCCUGAGAGGUGCUGUAACACACCCUCAGUUCUCAUUGGUCCCUGAACAUUUUGUUUAUGCUUGCCACUGAGGCCAGUCGGUCUUCCUGGGAGGUAAAAGAGUAACUACGAUGGUGCAUUCAUGUGAAGGUGUUCAUAUUCUGUUUCUACUCUUUCCCCUCAUGCUCUCCCUGUUUUCCUGCUUCCCUUUCCCACCCAGGACCCUAAAAUGCUACAGCUUAUCGCCAUGCCAGAGUGGUGAAUCAGAAGGGGACACCAGUUUCUCCAGACUGUAGGUGUAAUUGUGUUUGAUUGAUGGAACUUUAACAUUUAGUGUUAUAAAAACAAAAAUACAAAAAAAAAGAUUGUAUUUCUUCUAAAAGUUUGUAAAUAUAUGGGAGUGACAUGCAAUGUCCACUAACGUCCAUGCAGCAGAAGAAAAACUUAGAUACAAAGAUGACUUCUUGUCAGAUCGCUAACUUUUUUCCCAAAUGACUGGAGCUUGAGGGGAUGGGGAGGCACGCCUCUUUCAUACUACCCAGGAAGCAUGGAAGCACCUUCUUGGAACACAUGAACUCUAAGCAUGAUCAGAGUGCUUUGCCUUGUAUGUGACUUGCUCUUUGGCAAAUGGGAUAGCUACAAAUGCCUGCAAAUUACCAAGAAGACAAGUGUGUGAGUCACUGUGUACCUUGACAGCUUGAUUAUUUUCUACCUUACAGCCUUGAGGUUCUUAGAUCGGAAAUUAGACAUUGAUCCCCCAAACGAAAUUGCGUAUUAUUUGGUCUAUUCAGUGAUAGCCUCUUCAAAAGACAGGGAUACAGUCUUGAAUCCAGUAAAAGCAUUGGGAUUUUGGUCAAAAAAAUCAAUGGAGUUAACACGGUAUGCCUAUAGUUAGCUAAACAGAUAUCACCAUCAUCAUCCUUCUAAGUCACUUCAAAAGCCUGCCUAUAACAUUCUGAAGCUACACCAGUUUUUUUCCAAGGGAUGGUGGACAUGUAAUAAAGAGGACAGAGAUAGCCCAAGCUACCUUUUCUUUCAACCACACCAAAGGAGACCUCCAUACAACAUGUACUGUAAUUUCUUUCCACUUUUUCAUGAAAGAAUCCAACUGAAUGGAGAUGAAAUUACUCCUCCUAUACUGUUGUAAACAGUGCCCUUCAUCAUCUCUGUCUCGAAUGAGCAACUAUUGGUGUUAUCAUAACAUUACAGCAAAUAACUAUAUAUCAUUUCAGCAUAAAUCCUGUGAAGCUCCAGGCAGGCUGUGACAGACAGAUGCUUUCACUCUCAUUUGAGAAGAAAUAUUUCUACUGAUUCAGAUUCACGCCAAAUAUGGAUUCUUUCCCACAACUUUCCAGAAUAGUGAAUGGAUUUUCUUGUUGGAAUGCAUUUUGUUCCUGGGUGAUAAAGAGUUGAUCUGUUGUGCAGCAAUUAAAAAAACUAUGCAAGACUGUAAUCCUUGCGUGCACAUGUAUAAGCGGAUCAAUAGGUAAGAGGAAGAGGAUAUGGAUGUACAGUGCUGUAGUUUUUUAUAGAGAUGUGUAAGAUGCCUUCUGUUUGCAGGCUUCAUCAAGACACACUUCACCUUCCUGCAAGGCAGAUAUAUUGAUACUAGGAGGGCUGUAGUCUCUAUAAGAACCUACACUUACCAAGGAUACACAGUCAUCAUAAUGGAAUGUGUGCUAAUCUUUUAAUGCUUCGUUACUGCUGUGGGUGUUCAUCUUAGCAAAUAAACCAGAACUAGUGAAAGGCAUCUACCACUCUACCUCCAGUCUUGAAAAUGUAAUAGUAGGAGGUGAUAGAGCAGGAAGGUAUUAGAUUCGAAAUGGCAUCAGCCAAUCCUAGGCAAAGUUGUCAACUAAACCAGUUUCUCAUGCAGGCAAAGAAAGUGUGACCAUAUGGAACCCAGUAGUUACUUUAAAUAAUGUAAUACCACCACUUUCCUAAAAUGAAGUCCUUCAGGAAUUCACAGAGAGAAACUUCAUAAGUGAUGCUGAAGAAUCUAUGUUUAUUCUGAUGAACCCCUGUCCCCAUGUUUAGGAUGGUACAACAAAUGGUAAAGUUGAAUUCAAAAAUGAUAAUUCCUUUAAAUGUAGAGAUAUUACUAAAUGCACAGAACUAUUGCCAUCUUACCAUGUUGUGUACAUUGCUGUCAUGAAGUACACUGGGAACAACUCUUGGGGGGGGGGGGUAUAAUUAAUAAUGUAAUCAAAUGACUUAGAAAUACAAUUCAGUAUGAGAACAUCAUCAAAGAGAUGAAGGAAAUGCAAACAGUCAUUUUGUCAAAUGUCUUUUGUGAAACUGACUUGUGUGAUAACCAAUGGCUUCCUAUAUAAACACAUUCUCUGUCUUGGUUGCUUCCGUAAUUUCUGAUAUCUCAAUAGAUUUGAGUGGUUGGAGCCAGAUUAAACCAGUUCCACAUAGCUGUUGAAAUUGAAAUCGGUGGGACUUAAAUUAUGAUUAAUUCAACCAAAAUGUUUCAACAGGACUUAAGUGAAACAGAUUUAGUCUGGAUCCAACCCUACAUGAAAUGUAACUAUAUGCAAGGAGCACAACCAUUUAACUAUAAGCUUUUAUUGAAAAGCUGUUUCAAAUGGGAAUAUUUACUUUCUCCGAAAUGUCAUUUGCUCCCAGUCCUGGUCACAGGAAGACAAGCACUUACAUACAGGCACACUGAAAUGCCGCCACUCAGUAUCUUCUGCUGUUUCCCAAAUGUCAGCACCCCACUCCUUUGCCACAUUCAUCUUCUCCAGCUUCCCCCAUGACACAUGAAACCCAACAGACUUACUCAAUGUGCUUUUAAAACUAUAUAAUAAAAGUCAUAAGCUUUGUGGCUUGCGGUGAGCUCCUGUUAACAAGGAAAGGUUUAUGUUGACAAGAACAGGGAGAGGAUGGCAAACUCAUCUCCAGCAACUCUUGACCCUUUCUAUUUCACCAGCGGCAGUCAAUUUUAUUCCUCCAGGCCUUUGGGAGGAUAUCCAGUCUCGUCUUGCUGCACUGCUGGGCAGUUAGAAUUCUCCUCAUUAACAGUGUUAUAUACAUAUAAAUAUAUAUAUAUAUCUAUAUCUUUAUAUAUAUUUUUCCCCAGCACCGUAGACAUGAUCUGAACUUCUCUUUAACGAAAUGAGAACGCGGCCAUUCUAUUUUUAUUUUUAUUUUUUUCUGUCGAUUUUUCAAAAACUAGCUCUGUGGAAGAACAUUUUAAAAGCGCAGUGUGUGUGUGUAAAAGAAAAAAAUGACAAAAGCUUUUUUCUUUUCUUUUUUUUCUUUUCUCAAUGUAUUUAACUUCUGUUUCUGUGUCUCUGUUUAUUUACAUCUAUGAAUGCUCUGCUCUUCUGUGGUCUAAAAAAACCCACAAAAAAACAAAAAUGAAAUAAACGUGAAAAGGAGGAGCUAAGUCUUCA